AGAGCUUGCUAUUCCUAUCCUAUAUAUACAACGCAAAUGCGCAACACUUGACAGAUUACAUCGAGAGGAUCUGUAGAACUAAGGGCAGAAGCAGCGACAUCCAGCGAGCAAGAAGUACAAACGAGAGCAAAGGAAAGAUCGCAAGAUUGAUAGAUCCGAGAUGGUAGCCAAGGCGGAGAUGAGCGCCAUGGAGUUGGAGAAGGUGAUGAGCGACGGGGAGGUGGUGCUCGGCGGCGCCGGGGACGAGGAGGAGGACGACGACGACGUGGUGCUGCCGGGGUACCGGUUCCACCCCACCGACGAGGAGCUAGUCACCUUCUACCUCCGCCGCAAGGUGGCCAGGAAGCCGCUCCGCAUCGAGGUCAUCCGGGAGAUGGACAUCUACAAGCACGACCCAUGGGAUCUCCCCAAGGCGAGCACGGUCGGUGGGGAGAAAGAGUGGUACUUCUUCUGCCUGAGGGGCAGGAAGUACCGGAACAGCAUCCGGCCAAACCGGGUCACCGGCUCCGGCUUCUGGAAGGCCACCGGCAUCGACCGGCCCAUCUACUCC